AUGAAGGAAAUCAUAAAAUGGCUUGAUGCUGGGGUGAUUUAUCCCAUAUCUGAUAGCUCUUGGGAUAGUCCGGUUCAAUGCGUGUUGAAUAAAAGUGGCAUAACCGUUGUAAAGAAUGAAAAUGAUGAGCUUUUGAUUACAAAAACCAUCGCAGGCGGGAGGAUUUGUAUGGAUUAUCGCAAGCUCAACAAGGAGACAAAGAAAGACCACUUCUCCAUUCCUUUCAUUGAUCAUAUACUUGAUCGGUUAGAAGGCAAGACAUUUUACUGUUUCCUUUACGGAUAUUCUAGGUAUAAUCAGAUUUCCAUAGCACCUGAAGAUUAG